CUCGCCGCGUUGUCAGCCCGCCAUUUUCUGCUUCAUUCUCUAUGACACUUCCACGGCCGGUACGUCAAAUUUUCAGCGACUAAAACGUUAGUUACGUUUGUGUAUGUUUCUCUAAUCGCAUGUGAGCGAAUGGACAACGUCGCACGUUCAUUGCAAGACAAGAAAGUUGAUUUUAGGUUAUCGUGCUUUUGCAAUCGGUAGAGAGAAGGAAGUUUGUGCAAGAGAGGGUAGGAAGGAGGCAGAGUGAGCAACGAAGAGAUGAAAAUUUGCUUUUUCAAUGUAGGCCACGCCCUCAUCGCUACUCAAUCUCGCGUUUGUUUGAAUGUUGAGACGUCUCGACGGUUACUUUUCAUUGAGAUCAGUUUGCGCAUCGUAUUUGCAGUUCUAGCGUUUGUGUCACGUUCUAUUCGUGUUCUGUUCUCGCAAUGAACGCGCGCAGCGACUCAACAAGCUGAGUUGGCCUUUCCUGUUUGGCCCGUAGCCAUCUCCUCCCACUUUACUUUCCCAGCAGCGGAGUACCUUAGUAAUGUUUGCCUCUCCUACUCUUGUCAGCAGGAAAAUAUUGAAAGAAAACAUAUCUCUAUUGAGUCAGAAAUGCGACAGGUCCUAUGACAGAUAUGUAGAUAUCAAUAAGUUAGCGUUGUUUACUACAAAUUGUGUGGUGAGUUUAUGUUCUGGUAGAUUCCUUGUUAAGUUAACACAUGCCAUGGGGAUCAGAAGGAAGAUCAUUGAACUUCAUGAGAAAGGAGUGACACUUCAUAAUGAAGGUAAUUAUCGUGAGGCGGCUAAAGUUCUAGAACAAGCCAAACAAAUGGCAGAAGAGAAUUUAGACACAAAAGACGAAAUGAGACUGAGAGUUCUUGGUUAUCUGGGGGAGAUGUACAUUUGUAAUGGAGAAUAUAUGAAAGCACAAGCUCUUCUUGAAGACAUUCUAUCAGUUCAGAGACAAGAGACACCUAAUGUCUUAUUAGCUGCCACCUUGUAUGCUCUGGGUAAAUGUUACAACAAUCAAUACAAAUACAUGGAUGCCAUACGAUUGCUGAAGGAGAGCUUGUCAAUAUAUCAGAAAUACGUCUCAGCUAACAAUGUUCGUGUGACCGAUACUAUGGACAUGCUUGGUACAUGCUUUAUGGGACAAGGGAACCUUUCUGAUGCUGAAAGAAUAUUGAGAGAGUGUCUGGAGAUCAGAAAAUCUGCUCAACCAGAAGAUCCUAUUGCUGAUGGUCGGUUGUCACUUGCUCAUUGUCUGUACAAACAAGGUAAACAAAGUGAAUCUAUUGAACUGACAAAGGAGUGUGUCAGGAUUUCGAAAUCACAUUUCCAUCCAAAGCAUUUCCGUGUGGCUUCAGGUUAG